AUGGCGCUUUUCCCAAAGGUUACUGUUACCAUAGUAACAUUUGUAAUUGCGCUAGCCUGGGGUUUCAAUGACGCCGUGGCUCAGACUGUAGCAUGCCCUCAAGCAGAGGGUUUGACCGGCUACACAACAAUUGCAUCGAUCAACAAUGACAUGAGGGCCGAGUUAGCACGAAUCAGUGACGGCGAAAAACUUCCUGAAGACAGUUACACCUAUACGCUUUGUCCGCAGACAAUAUUUGAUGUCUCAAAUGAGCCUUUGCAGCCGAUUUUAAGUGAUGUUUCUUUCGCGUGUGGCUCAAACGGGGAGGCGAAUGACAGUUGCGUUCUUUUCGGAGGUAGCCAGCAAGUCCUCAUUGUAGACUCACUUUUGAAUUCAUAUCCUCUAGAACGAAUUACUUUCUCUGGGUUGACAUUCUCUGGUUUCAACCAGAAUUCUGAAAGUAGGGGUACUGCGAUUGCUGCUUUUGCUUCGAAGCCCACUUCUGCGAUUUUCCGUGACGCUUUGUUUCGUGACUUUAUGAGCGAUUUCGUCAUACUUCAAAGUACAGGGGAGCCGGGGUCGGAGCCAAUGAUGAUCGAAAUCAAUGACAGUAUCGUCAAUGGCGGCACAACAGGAGUCUUCUUUGACAACGACGGCGGCUUUCUAAAUAUCAGAAAUAUUCAGGUUGAAGGAUUAAAUGCUGCCUCUUUCAUUGCCACGGCCAAUGGAGGCGUUUCGCGGCUUAGGGAGUCCUCAAUUUCCAAAGGAUCUUUGGAUUCGAUAACAUACACAACUAACUCGGCGGAGCAGCAAGUUGCAGAUGUGAACAUUUUUUCAAUGAGCCGCCUUGCAGACGCAUUUUAUGCGGAACAAGAAGGAAGCGGUUUAGUUGUGAGAAAUGUCAGCUUAUUUUCCAACGAUCUCAGUCCUAUGGAGUGGACUGCAAUAUCAGCACAAUCCGGAGCAAUCGUGGAAGUAGUAGGUUCAACAAUCUCAGGGAAUUCAGGUCUAUUGUUUGCUUUACAAGCUGGUAUUGGCUCCGCUGUCUCUAUAACUGAUUCGUCCAUAAACCAAAACACGGCAGCGAGCUCGACAAGCGCUUCCAUCUUCGUAAUUGGUGGCUCGGCAAUUGUCGAACGAUCUGAGUUCACCCAAAACUUUGGUUUUUCGGGAGAAAUUUUAGCUUUUCUGGGUGGCUCUGUUGAAUUGAGUCAAUCAUGUAUCCAAGACAGUAGGUCGGAUUUUGUAGCGUUCGCAGAUAGCCAAUCUACCGUUUCAGGUGAAAACGCGAUGAACUUUGUUGGUAGCUACGAAUCCUCGUUUUGUACAUCUAGCGGGCCCCGACUCUUUCGCGAAGAUGUCGGGGCUGGCUGCUUCGUCGGCGGCCUAUGCACGGGAACUUGUCGGAAUAUUGCCGAUGCUUCUGAAUGUAUGGCCCGCGCAGCAACCCCAACCUCAAGUCCGACUAACUUCCCCAAUUCGGUGUUACCGACAGUCACCUCAACAGGUCAACCCGAUACGAGUAUUCCCUCGUUUACACCGGGAUCCUUUGUGCCAAAUACCCAAAUACCAAUUCCAACUGUUGACCUUACUUUUUCGCCAACUACAGAUGAUACUCUGCUUCCGACAAGGAAUAGUGUUCCUGAAAGCACAAACCUGCCAACACUAGAAGUCCAACGUCCGACUUUGGCUUCAAUUACAACAUCAGUACCGAUUACUCCGCCGAGCGAACCAACAGUAAUUCCGACCUCUGCUCCACCGGGUACAACCGUCACGCCAACAAUGCUGCCCACAAAUGUGCAUGGCCAGAACGGAACUCCGUCUCCAACACAGAGAUGCCGACCAGCAGGAAGCGGGACUAUGGCCAAUUCUAUCGGAAAGGGCAAGGGGGACAAAAGCUUCAAAUCGUCCCGAGAUUCUUCAAAGAAUAUCCGAACACCAGAGUUCGGGAUUGAACAGUGGGUGGACAACAAAUUAUUGGACGGACGUCACACAUGGUUCAGUACCCAAUCGAAGGAAGAACCUUUGUUCAACGAAAGCUUGCCCAUUUGCCCUCCGGAAGAGUCUGCAAGGCCAACCGUUGGUGCCGUAUCCACAAAGUCCGGUAAAGGAAAAAGAGGUGCUUCAGAGAAAUCUUCGAAGAAGGGUAGUAUGAGCGCUAAAUCUGGAAAGGCAAAAAGCAGCAGUACCAAGAGUAAAAAAAGCAGCGACAGGAGUAGCUUCAGCAGCAAGAAGAAAAAGGGUGGUGUACGUCGUGAAAUUUGA